AGAUGGUGAUCGAGGCGGCGGGCGACGGCGGCGGCGGCGGGGGGAGCAGAGGCGGCGGCGGCGGCCCCAGGGGCGCCCUCUCGUCCUCCUCGCUGCCCUCCCGGGUCGGCCAAGCCGGCGUGGGCGCCCACCACCACCUCCCUCACCCCGAGGAGCUGGAGGAGGAGGCCGGCUUGGGUGAGGGCGACCCCGGAGACUCCGCCAUCGAAGACCCGGAGCUGGAAGCCAUUAAAGCCAGGGUACGAGAGAUGGAGGAAGAAGCCGAGAAGUUGAAAGAGUUGCAAAAUGAAGUUGAGAAGCAGAUGAACAUGAGCCCCCCACCCGGCAACGCUGGUCCGGUCAUCAUGUCUUUAGAAGAAAAGAUGGAAGCCGACGCCAGAUCGAUAUACGUAGGAAAUGUCGAUUACGGGGCAACUGCAGAAGAGUUGGAAGCCCACUUCCACGGCUGUGGUUCCGUCAACCGCGUGACCAUCCUGUGUGACAAAUACACGGGCCAUCCCAAGGGGUUCGCCUACAUUGAAUUUUCCGACAAGGAAUCGGUGCGGACUUCCUUGGCGUUAGACGAGUCCCUCUUUAGGGGGAGACAGAUCAAGGUGAUUCCCAAACGGACCAACCGGCCAGGCAUCAGCACCACAGACAGAGGCUUCCCCAGAACCCGGUACCGAGGGCGAGGCUCCGGCUACAGUAGUUCCAGGGCCCGUUUCUACAGUGGCUUCAGCAGCAGGCCGCCCCGAGGGCGUGCUUACAGGGGCCGGGCCAGAUCGACCUCAUGGUAUUCCCCUUACUAAAAACAAAA